GCCAUUAUUCAAGAAAGUGUCAUCAAGAACAAAGAGGGCAUGGAAGCCGCGUUGCUAACUGCCCAGUCCCACACACUGGUGACCUUCAAGGAUAUUCUUGUGAACUUCACCAGGGAGGAGUGGAAGCUGCUGGACUCUGCGCAGCAGGUCAUGUACAAAGAUGUGAUGCUGGAGAACUAUAAAAACCUGGUUUCCUUGGGGCAUCAGCUUCCCAAGCCAGAUGUGAUCCUCCGGUUGGAGAAAGGGGAAGAGCCGUGGCUGUUGGAGAGAGGGAUUCAGCAGGAGACCCAUCCAGAUUUGGAGACUGCAGUUGAAAUUAAAUCAUCAGUUUCCGGUAAGAGCAUUUCCAAAGAUAAACAAUCCUAUGACAUUAGAAUGGAAGGAAUGGCAAAGAAUGAUCUCUGGUAUUUGUCGUUAGAAGAAGUCUGGAAAUGUGAAGACCAGUUGGACAAGUAUCAAGAAAACCAGGAGAGACAUUUGAGGCAAGUGGCAUUCACCCAAAAGAAAGUACUUACUCAAGAGAGAGUCUGUGAAAAUGGUAAAUAUGGGGGAAACUGUCUUCUUCCUGCUCAGCUAGUACUGAGAGAGUAUUUCCAGAAACAUGACUUAUGUACUAAAACUUUAAAACAUGAUUUAGUUUUUAGUGGUCAUCAGGAAAGCUAUUCAGGUAACAGUAAUGAAUGUGGUCAAACCUUCUGUCAAAACAUUGACCUUAUUCAAUUUACAAGAACUCAAACAGAUAAAUCUUACAAAUCCCCUGAUAAUGAUAACUCUCUUACUCAUGGUACAUCCCUUGGUAUAUCGAAGGGUAUACAUAGAGAGAAACCCUAUGAAUGUAAGGAAUGUGGAAAAUUCUUCAGCUGGCGCUCUAAUCUUACCAGGCACCGGCUUAUUCAUACUGGAGAAAAACCCUAUGAAUGUAAAGAAUGUGGAAAAUCUUUCAGUCGGAGUUCUCACCUCAUUGGACAUCAAAAGACUCAUACUGGUGAAGAACCCUAUGAAUGUAAAGAAUGUGGAAAAUCCUUCAGCUGGUUCUCUCACCUUGUUACCCAUCAGAGAACUCAUACAGGUGACAAACUGUACACCUGUAAUCAGUGUGGGAAAUCUUUUGUUCAUAGCUCCAGGCUUAUUAGGCAUCAGAGAACUCAUACUGGAGAGAAACCUUAUGAAUGUCCUGAAUGUGGGAAAUCUUUCAGACAGAACACACAUCUCAUUCUGCAUCAGAGAACUCACAUUAGAGUGAGGCCCUAUGAAUGUAAUGAAUGUGGGAAGUCUUACAGCCAAAGAUCUCACCUUGUUGUGCAUCAUAGAACUCACACUGGACUAAAACCCUUCGAGUGUAAAGAUUGCGGAAAAUGCUUUAGUCGAAGCUCUCACCUUUAUUCACAUCAGAGAACCCAUACUAGAGAGAAACCAUAUGAAUGCCGUGAUUGUGGAAAAUCCUUCAGCCAGAGUUCUGCCCUCAUUGUGCACCAGAGAAUUCAUACUGGAGAGAAACCAUACGAAUGUUGUCAGUGUGGGAAAGCCUUCAUUCGGAAGAAUGACCUUAUUAAGCAUCAGAGGAUUCACGUUGGAGAAGAAACCUAUAAAUGUAAUCAGUGUGGAAUUAUCUUCAGCCAGAACUCUCCAUUUAUAGUACAUCAGAUAGCUCACACUGGAGAGCAAAUCUUAACAUGUAAUCAGUGUGGGACAGCACUUGUUAAUAGCCCUAACCUUAUUAGAUACCAGACAAAUCAUUUUAGAGAAAAUACUUAUUAAUAUAGUGAAUAUGGAAAAUUCUUCACAAA